AAACCCAUCAAAUCCCUUUCCCAGAUUUUUUCUUUUUUAUUUCAUUUUAUAUUUGUGUCAUCAUAGAGUAUGAAGAUUAUUAACAAGAUUGAAAAAGCAGAAAGGGAAGGACGUGCAUUUUGGUCCUUUGAGUAUUUCCCUCCAAAGACAGAUAUAGUAAGAAGAAGAAGAAGAAGAUCCUUUUUCUUUUUUUUUCCCCCUAUUAUUCAUUAUCAUUUAUUCAAUCCAUUUUUUUUUGUUUUGUUUUAUUUAGGGUGUUCAAAACUUAUAUGAUCGUAUGGAAAGGAUGCAGCGUUAUGGGCCUGAAUUUAUAGACGUUACAUGGGGCGCAGGUGGAAGUUCUGCUGAACUCACGAUAAAUAUUGUUUCUACUUCACAGUCUGUCUAUGGAUUAGAAACUAUGAUGCAUUUAACUUGUACAAAUAUGCCAAUAGAAAAGAUAGAUAAUGCUUUAAAGGCAGCAAAGGCAUGUGGUUGCCAGAAUAUCUUGGCUUUGCGUGGUGAUCCUCCAAAAGGACAAUUAAACUGGGAAUCUUGUGAAAAUGGGUUUAACCAUGCUAUUGAUUUAGUGCGUUAUAUUAGAAAGAAAUAUGGUGAUUAUUUCUGUAUCGCUGUUGCAGGUCAUCCUGAAGGACAUAUUGAUAACGAGGAUAAAGAAGAUGAUCUACAAAGAUUAAAAGAAAAAGUCGAUGCAGGUGCCAACUUGAUUAUUACUCAACUCUUCUUUGACGUUGACAUCUUUAUUCACUUUGUAAAACGUUGUCGUGCAAUCGGUAUCACCUGCCCUAUUCUUCCAGGAAUUUUCCCUAUUCAGAGUUAUGCUGGUCUACAGCGUGUCAUUUCUUUUAACCAUAAUGCUGUGCCCCAAAAAAUAUGGGAUGAUUUAGAACCAAUUAAGGAUGAUGAUUUAGCAGUCAAAGAUUAUGGUAUUGAUCUUGCUGUUCACUUUAUACAUGAAAUUAGAAAACAAACUGGGAUUCAGUGUUUCCAUAUCUAUACUUUUAAUCUUGAACGUUCUUCUCGUCUAAUUUUGGAAAAAUUGGGUUUAAUGCCAGAAAUAGAGCAUAUAAAACCUUUGCCUUGGUAUCCUUCACUUGGACCAAAUCGUACAAAGGAAACAGUCCGACCUAUUUUCUGGAAGAAUCGUACACAGAGUUAUAUUCAACGUACUGAAUCUUGGGAUGAAUUCCCUAAUGGACGUUGGGGUGAUGCACGUUCACCUGCCUUUGGUGAAUUUGAUCGCUGGGGGGUCUCUAUUAAAUAUCCAGUUGAGAAGCGUUUAAAGAUGUGGGGUGAGCCUGAAUCACCGGAUGAUAUUGCUCUUAUUUUUGCUAAAUACUGUAAAGGGAAAAUUGAAGGAUUGCCUUGGUGUGCACAAAAGUUAGACCCUGAAUCAGAUAUCAUUAAACAAAGACUAGCCGCUAUUAAUUUACUUGGAUAUCUUACUAUCAACUCUCAACCUGCUGUCAAUGGUGUAAAAAGUAGUGAUCCUGUCUAUGGCUGGGGACCUAAGAAUGGUUAUGUUUAUCAAAAGGCUUAUAUCGAAUUCUUUCUUUCUCCUGACAAAUUAGAUGAGUUAACAGAAAAGAUGGAAAAGGAUCCUGAAGUGACUUAUUUUGCUGUAAACAAAAAGGGUGAAUUAAAAACAAAUACAGAAUAUGAUGAACCUAAUGCAGUUACUUGGGGUGUUUUCCCUGGAAAAGAAAUUAUACAACCUACUAUCGUUGAACGUAUUGCAUUCAUGGCUUGGAAGGAUGAAGCAUUUAGUUUAUGGAAUGAAUGGGCACACACUUAUGAUAGACAGAGCUUAUCGGCUGAAGUCAUUUUGAAUAUUUAUGAAAAUUGGUAUUUAGUUAAUAUUGUUCAUAAUGAUUUUCAAGAUGAAAAAGGUAUUUGGCGUUUAUUUGAUCUAGAAAUUGAUGGAGACUUGUCUAAAAAACUAAGACGUGGUUCUGGUUCUCUUUAAGAAAGAAGACAUUCUUUUUAUAUCUAUGCCUCACACACACACACACACACACACACACUUUCCUUUUAUUUCUAGUAUUUAUCCCCUCCAUACCAUCAUUAUAUAAUAUAAUUUAGAAUAGAAAGAAAUAAUACAUAUU